UCUAGUAUUGUCAAUAUUUUGGAAACAUUGAAGGUUCCAUAUUUUUGUUUAUUUUGUGUUAAUUUUGUUUGUUCAAAAGAAUCUUGUCAUUUCUAUUAUGCACGGUUAAGUUAGAUGAGAACAAACUAACAUUUACCUACAAUUUCUGUGAUGAAAAUGCCUGUUUAGUGAUUUAACUCUGGCCUCUUCUAUGUGCCUUACUACAUAAAUCUAAAGUAUCAGCAACCUGUUUUAAUCUAAGUUUGGUUAAACAUUGAAGAAAAAGUAGGCGACUAACUAGAUUGCACCACUGCUCUACGAUGAUGGUGCCCUCUCAAUUUUUGAGCGUUGUCCUUGAGGAAGAUGAUGGAAAUGCGUCUGAUGAGGAUAGAAAUGCCUACAAUCAUCGUCCCGUUUGGCAAAACCAAUAUUCUGUUCAUAGCAAUAACACUAUCACUGAGAGCGAGAUGUGGAAUUUAACGAAGAACCUUCCUAAAGCAUUGCUCGCUGAAUGCACUGUAGAAAUUUCAAGAACACCUGCCACUCAAAGUGAAAAAAUUAGAAAACCGUGCUUCGAUGCAAAAGUGACACCGGUGUUCACCAGACCUGAGCCUCCUCCUCUUGUUCCUGUCAGGAUCAAUCCUGCAAUACAGCAGUUUUUACCUCCUCCUCCACAGUUGCUGCACAGAUCCGAAUGGCUGGAAGAGAGGAUGGAUAUACAAGAUCUUCUGUCAGGCGUAGAAGCUGUCUACUCCGACCAUGAAUCAGACGGGGAAACUGAAGAGGCAGCCUCUGUCAGUAUAUUCCCCAUUUCGGUAGCCAAGGUAGAAAAAACAAAGCCAGACAGAGUAAAAAAGCAAGAUAUAAAUAAGUUUAGUUAUCCCUGCGAACAUUGUCCAAAUGUUUACUCCAACAGGGGCGCUCUCUGGCAACACUCUGUCGCAACUCAUUCAGUAGAGAAGACGUGCGAGUGUAAAAUCUGCGGAAGAAAGUUCUAUCGCAACUGCAGUCUCGCGUUGCAUCUGAAGAGCCAUUCGGAGGAGGAGUAUUGCCAGUGUAAGGAGUGCGGAAAGUCUUUCAACCGACUCGCUAAUCUAGAGAGACACAUGAGAGUGCACGCAGAAGCCAAGACAUAUCCUUGUCCUCACUGUGACAAGAUAUUUAGAGACGAGACAAACCUACUUCGGCACACAGUGACACACAGCAUGCCACGGCAGUUCCAGUGCGACAUUUGCAACAAGGGAUUCAAGAGUCAAGAGAGUCUAGACGUGCAUCAACAGUCGAGUCAUGCAAACCACGACCCUACUCUAGCACUGGAGAAGCACCUGUGUAAGGUGUGUGGUGCCGGCUUCCCAGACAAGAACUCAUACAAGGCACACAUGGCGACACACACGCAGACAGGAGAGAGACUCAGCUGCACACUGUGUGGAAUAGACUUUACGCAGAAGUCUUCUCUGUUGAGGCAUGUGAAGAGAAUGCACCAAGGCGAGGGCUGCGAUCCGUCUCUGUUGGAUGAGAAAGCCUCAAGUGUUGACUCUUCGGAGAGCGGAUCUGUACAAGAGGACGAGGACAUGGAAAACGAGUCGAAAACUGUGGAAAUCAGAAAAGUACUCGGAUCUCCGGUCAAGUCUGCUCAACCGAUCAAUAUCCAUGAAACUCCUCGUACAGCUAAAGUACAGAGUCUUGAGAUAAGCUUGGUGUCUGUGACGAAUAACAAUAUACCCAACAGUAAACCGAACGGAGUGUGCAACGGACGAGAAGAGCUCACUAUUACGAUGGAAGAAGUUGAGAACGGCGUGCAAAAUGAUGAAACUGAUUCUCAAGUAGAAAAUGAGGAACAAAACGAAGCAUCUGAUGUCGAUACUGACUGCAACGAAGAGUCAUCUCAAAAUGUUGACACAAAAUCUUCGAAAAUGGAAACGAAUGACCCUCUCUCAUCAGUUGACAUAAACACGAUGCAUACAUCGGCAUUGAAGCUGGAAUCUUAACUAAGGGUGGGAGAUAGAAUAGCUAAGCUUUUGAGGUUUUUCCUUCGUAGUAAAAGUUUAACAUUUUUAUACUAAGAAAAACACACUCAUGGCGAGAGCCAUGUAAAUUAAUCCAUUUCAUUGCACAAGUCACUACUUGAAAGUCCUUGUUGGUAAACAUGUGGAAGUAAAAAGAGGCCUUACAGUAAGUUUAAUAUUAAGUAAGUAUUUAUAAUUUACAGACUUAUCAUGACAAACUAGAAGUAUAUGGAGCAGAUUUUAUUUUUAUCAUAUACUAUUGUGGUUUAUACAUAUUUAUUUAUUUAAAACAAUUUUAGCUCUAAGUUUUUUUACAGUAGUACACUACUACUACUGAUCUCCCUUCCCAAAAAUGUUUAGCCUAAUAUUUAUUUUUUAAUGAUAAUGAAGUUAAACUUGCCUUUUGAGAAACAAAUUGAAUGUGUGAUUUUUGUGCCUACUAUUGAUUCAUUAUUCACAAGUAUCAUAAUUUUUGAUGUUAUAUCAUUAUGGUUUGAUAAAAGAGCUGCAGUAUUGUCUAAAAAUCCAUUUUUAUCUUCAUUUUGAUAGAGGCCUAGCCAGUGGCGGAUCCAGAGGGGGGGCGAAGGGGGCGACCGUCCCCACCUCGGGCAAAUAUUUUUUUACUACAUGUAAUGUCAAAAUUUUGCCGCGAUCUUCAAAGAUGAUGGUGAUGUUCCGUUACUGCGGGAGUUAUUCAGGGUUUUGCCGUGACCACGAGAGACAAUGACAAUGUCCACACGACCACAGGAAAUAAACAAAAUUUGGAGAUCCGCCACUGGGCCUAGCCCUAUUUUCUAUCUUGCAAGGAGAAAACAUAAAAUCCAGUUAUUGUAUGUUAUAAACAUAGACCAGUAUUACUUAUGUGUAUGUAAUUAAAUCAGCUUUAAUCUGCAUAAAAUGCAAUGUAAUUUAUACUUAAAACAUUUAGGCUUGAAUAAGAUGUAGGCUACUUUAUGAAUUUUUUAAACAAAUUAUGAUAAAAGAUAUAUUGGUUGAUAUUUGAUGACAUGUAUACAUUAUGACAAAAAACUCUUGCUAUCUUAUGUUGAUAGGUAAUAUCACUCAUUAACAGCCUGAUAACAAAUGACAACUGAUUCUCAGGAUUACAUUAUCUACCUUUACAUUAAAAGGUGAAAACUUAAGUCACUUUGAUAAACUUUCAGUCAAGUUAUUGAUUUCUAUCACCAUUUAUAAAAAAAUUAACAGUACUGUACUGUAAUAAGUACAAAUAGUGCCUUCGUAACAAGACCUAACUUAACUGACUAAAACUAUUGUUAAUAAGAUGCCACCAUUUGACUAAGCUAAGAAUUUAUUACAGAUUAACAAAAAUCACUUUUAGAACAAAUCAUGUAUCGGUGUAAAUGUCAGUAAAACUUUAAGUUCUGGUAAAAGUCUCUUUAAACCUUACACAAUUUAUUUUGUAAUAAAUAGAUACAGUUUGCAGUCUGUUAUUGUUUUUAAUAUUUACAAAAUUAUUCAUCUACUUAACAUUAUGAACUUAAAUGGAAUAAGGCUUUUUAAACUUAAAUGUUAUAAAUAUAUAUAUUUAUAUGCUGAGUAACCAUUUUAGUAUAUAUUUCAAAGACUAUGAUAGCCUAGAAUAUUUAGAGUUUCAAUAACAAUAUUGACUUUGUUAGCUUUGAAAUAUAAAAGCUGAGCUAAAUUUAUCAAACCCCUAACCACAGUAGAGCGUUGAUUAUCCUAUUUAGGGUCUUAAAAAAAAUGCAAUCCACUGUAGGAAAAAAAAUUUAAUGGGAUGUUAAUUACUUUUUUCAUUUUUAUCAGAUAUUAAUCACUAUUGUCGGGACCACGUAAGUUUGCAGUUGAGGGAGGAGCCUAUUUACCAUAUGGUUUUGAAUGAACCAAUGAGAACCGUGCGGUGUUGCCAAAUCUGUUAAUACCAGCUGAUUUUAAUAUAUUGCUUAGUAUAUUUUGAUUAGUGUUGUCAACGGGCGAUGUGGCAACGUCCCACCAGCCUUGUCUUGUGAUUGGCUGCCACCAACUGCAAACUUACGUGGUCCCGACUAUAGUUAAGCGAGCAGCGGCUGGAGCAUAAAAUAUAAUAUAAGUGGAUGAUAAUCCUGCUACCAUCUAGGCCUAACCUGAAGUCAUAUGCAAAACAGUUUUGGAUGAGAGCAAAAAUUCUAUGAUUCAAAGGUGGGACAAAAAAGUGUUUCUGAUAAUUUUUUUGUAUUGGCGCAGGUCAAAAAAGGUGCUCUGAUCAAGUUAAGCUUGAGAAUAUGGAUUUGAAAUGUUGACCGGUGUUCGACAAUAAUAGGUAUCACAAUAUUCAUGUCUGUGGUCAACAAUCAAAGAGGGAGUUUAGGUCAGACAUGGCAAUGAACCAGUAAAAAAUACCUGUACC